AUGGCCCCUCAUAAGCCUCGCCUCAUCGAUAAGGAGAUAUCUGAAGGAGUGCUGGGGGGAAAGCAAGUGAGUGUACUCUGCCUAGGCAUGUGUCGCACCAGAACGUCGUCUCUCAUGGCAGCCCUGAGCGCGCUCGGUUACACGCCAAUCCACAUGUCAACCAUCAUAGAAGACACCCGUCAGAAAACACUAUGGAUUGAGGGGAUCGAAAACACGUUUAUCAACAAGGAGACAGGGCGACCCUACGGCCGAGCCGAGUUCGACGUGCUUCUUCGCGGCUACGAUGUGACUCUGGAUGUGCCGUGCGCCAUCUUCGGCGAGCAGCUGAUGGCUGCUUACCCCGAGGCCAAAGUGAUAUUAACCACAAGGCCGGCUGGUAAAUGGAUCGCUUCUAUGCAGAAAACCGUUUGGCAGUUUAUAACAUGGUCGUCCUUUCGAAUGCUUCGUUACCUUGAGCCAGAGUUCAUAGGCACUUUCCAUAGGCUGCUCGAGCUGAUCUUCCUCGUCCACAACGGGAACCACUACGGCGGAGAGGAGGCCGAGCAAGCGUAUCAUGCCCACAAUAAGAGGAUCCGCGAGCUCGCAGGGCCUGAGCGGCUCUUGGAGUUGUCACCACCAUUUGACAUAGAGAAACUGAGUGCUUUCCUGGGCAAGCCUUGCACGCACAGCGAGUUUCCUCACGUUAACGAUAGCAGCGAAUGCAUUGAGUCGCUCUAUAGGAGAAGAAACCAAUCGAUAGCCCUUGUGAUGAAGCGUCUUGGAAAGAUAUUCCUUGUAUGCCUUCCUCUUGCCCUUCCGCUUGUGUACCGCUAUGUAGCCAAGCAGGGAUAG